AUGAACGAAUGUUCUGAUACUAACUUAAGUAACCUUUUGAAGACCGAUAAGCGUUUGAGGAACGGUGAGACUGUUUUCUUGGGUUUUGUGGGAUUUACGAGUCCUGAUUUUGCUGAGAAAGCGAUGGAAGAGAAGGAAAUUUUGGUGCUCAAGAAACCGGUCAAGUUGACAUACGCCCGCGGAAGCAGACAGCGAGGUAGCCAGUACUUCUCGAAGACCCGCCUCCACAUUUCAGGAAUAGGUAGCCUUCAUGAGCAGGAGUUGGUUGAGAUGUUGGGUAACUGUGAUUUGAUCUGGCCAAAGGAUGCCAAGAAUGCGAAGAAACCGUACGUUUUUGCUCAGUUCCAGACUGAAGAUGAAAAGAAGGAAGCGAUCGACAAGCUGAAUGGCAAGAAAGUUGAUGAGGAGAAUACGCUCAAGUUGUCACCGGCGUACUCGCAGCGGUUCACGCAGCGACCGCCGAUCGAUAGAAGACGUAGGUUCCAGGGGUAA